UAGGUGAUACAGAUACAUCUGUAAUCCUCCAUCAAGAUGACUUGUAAAGAACAACAAGAGGAGGAAUUGGAAGUUCUCCAUUCUAUUUAUGAGGGCGAUGAAAAUUUCAAAAUAGUUAAUCCUACAACUUUUCAAUACAAGUAUGGGGAGGAUGGAUCCUACCGAGCCUUUAAUGUGGAGAUUGUGUGGAGUGAGGAAUACCCAGAAAAAGGACCCAGGGUCAAUCUGGACACCUUCUACAACAAACACGUGUAUGACACUGUAAAGACCAAAAUCAUGGAGGGCCUUCAGGAACAGAUCCCCGACUUAUUGGACUGUGCCAUGACCUACACUUUGUUUGAGUGGGUCAAGGAGAAUUAUGAUGACCUUGUUGCUGAGCAGCCAGAAACACAACCAAUCAAUCAGGUCAGUGAAAACAAGAUUUCUGUUGUGGAGGUGGCCAAGAAGAAAGAAAAAAAAGAACAGUUGACCAAGAAUCAGAAACGUAAAAUGUUUGACCGACUGGACGCCUCUGGAGAGAGGCCACGGGGGUGGGACUGGGUGGACGUUAUACGCCAUUUGUCUCAAACCGGGUCACAAAGCAACUAGUGGGGUUAAUGGGGGGAUGUGAAACACAGAAAUUCUACAGUCAUUAGUUAUUGAGGCUGGGAAGACAGAAAUCAGGCGCAUAGCUAUUGAUGUUUCUGAUAAAAUUUGAAAUAUGAAUGAAAAUGAGACUUCUUACAAAUAAACUACAGCUUAUUAUAAUACAUUACAAUGGACAUGUUUUUCUAACUGUUUCAUUUAAUACUCGAAUCUCUUUUGAUAAAGAGUAUUUUUCCUUAAGUACUGUAACUAAAAAAAUUUAAUUUGAAUGGGUUAAGCAGUGCAUUUUCCUGUAGCCUAUUAUAAUUAUGUAAAUAUUGUAAAUGUAAUAUACGAAUGUAUGAAUAAAUAUUUAUUUUGAACCAUACCUAUUUGUGAAACACUGAUGCUGCCAAGUGGCAGCUCAUGGAUAAGGUUAAUGUUUUUAGAUAUAGUUCAAACUCCAACAUCAAGGUCAAG